UGCCUAUGAAAGGCCCAUCCUCCUGCCUUUUUUGUCGUUUUCUACAUUCCCUGGAUUCCUCGACACCUAUCUAUCCCAACAUCCGGAUAGUUGGCUAUCACCAGCCAAAAGUGUGAAUUGCUAGCUUCGAUCAAUAUCGUCCCCGCACAUAUACACUGCUUGGAUUUCGUUGUAGCAUUGCUAUUAUACGUAUAAGCGCACGGCCUCAUUGGCCUUGUGCUAUUUUGCUACAGGACACGCUCAUUUACCCGCCAAUCCGCCUUUAUACUAGGCACCUUAUCCCCGCAACGGACCUUUCGUGUUAUAUAUUUCGAAGACAGGGUAAUACCGGGCUUUGGGCCUAGAUCUGUUGAAUAAAUAAAAACACAUGGUGGAACAGCCGCAAUAAUUUCCUCCCAUAUCGAACUUGAAGCUUCACAACACAAAAGGAUACAACGUAGUACCGCGUCGGAUCACUACAUACGACUUUGAAAGCUGUCACAGGCGUGAGGCUCUCUCAUCGCAAAGCGAUGUAUGAAUGAUCGACCCGCUGAUCGGUUACCUGCUUCGGGAAUAUAAUGCUUCCAACUCGCUCCUUCGGGCGCCAAAGAUGGCCGCUGCGCCGCGGGUGUGGUCCGCCCUACCCUGCCGUUUCACCCUACCACGAACUUUUUACACAUAUGGUAGUGAUCGUCUUAAUAAUUUCCUCUUGGAUCCCCCUAACCACAGCUAUUUCACUGGAGGACGCCCCGCGAUCGACCGAAACAGCGCUAUUACUCGAUACGCGGAUACCGAUUUUCGUCGACGGUCACUGGCAGAUCAUGGCCGAAGACGAGCAUCGCCAACUCGUUCGCAGACUUCCCGCGACGGAGACAUAUAAACUCGAUGUAUCGACUGCCACAGCAAUACCUACCACAACAACCGUCGCGACGGGUCCCCUUCCUACUCCAUUCGAUGGCGCGCUCGCUGCGAAUUUCUCCGGUGAUGAUGGAGGUGGAUCUUGCCUGGACUUCAUCAACAGCUUUUUGGCAGACCCAACAUUUCAAGAAUGCUAUCCUCUCUCGCUACUUCUGAAGGGUUCCAAUUCAUUUUUCCAGGCUAUGAAAUCCUUGGUCAAAAUAACGCAGGUCAUCGAAGCAUCUUGCAAGGCUGAUAAACAGUCUUGUAACAGCUAUCUCGACGAUCUCGCCGACAAACUUAUAUCCAACGACAAUUGUGGACAAGAUUAUGGCAAGCGGAAUCCGGUCGUCACCCAGGCAUAUACGGGAAUGAAAGCGUACGAAGAAAUCUACGGUGCGGGAUGUUUGACGAAUCCGGAUACUUCUGCGUACUGUUUCGUCAAUGCAGUUACAAACCUCACAACAUCAUCCAACAUUUAUCUUUAUCUUUUGCCUUUGAAUUCGACUUUACCGGAAUCGGCCGUGCCUGCAUGUGAUUCUUGCACAAGCGAGACGAUGAAGAUAUACCAAUCAGCAUCGGCGAACCGAAAGAAAUUGAUAGCGAAUACAUAUGUCCAGGCAGCGCAACAAAUCGACUCAGAAUGCGGUGCGAAUUUUGUCAGCGCUGCGCUUCCUGUGGCGCUCCCAGAUAACAGCGCUACCUCUAUAGCGCAAGCGCCGUCUCUGCUUCUGCUUUCAUUACUGUUCAUGGCUGUUUCGCGUUGGAUUCGGUAACUGAUCUCAUAAGCAAUGUUUCUAAACCCGGAUCUCUUUAUUUUAGAGGCGUAUUUGGGGUAGGAUUGGAUAUAUAUAUAUUUAUAUAACGCUUGAUUUGGAUACGAGCUUCGGUUACAGGAUGGGAUGGCUCUUUUUUCUUUUUCUUUUACGAAACGGCACUUUAACCCCACGGCGCAAUUUUGAUACCCAUUCGACAUUUAUCCUAUUUUUUUUUUAAUUCUUAUGGCAUAUCUGACCUCAAGAUAUUUUACACAGAUCAUCUAUUCUUUGAUAUUCGGGUCGGGACGGUAGAUAGGAAUUCAAGAUGGUGGACGGGAUAAGAGCACAUGAAUCCUUUAGAUCUACGCUCUGGGACAAGGUUCGAUGAGGGUGCGGGUGUGGUGGCGUCGUCGAUCCGACCAUGUGUACCUGAGACAUGAUUGGGGGCGAAGUAUUGGAAAGGGUGGUCAUAGACGGUAAUUCGUGUACAUACUUGAUAGCCUGCCUACAUCUUAGAAGGCUUAGCAGAUACUUGAUGUGUAGAUGGAUACGCCAAUUUGGUGGAUGAAAAUACAAUAUCGCAUCUACGAA